AUGAUUUCAUUAGAAUUUAUUGUACUACUUUGUACAUUGCAAAUAAUUAACGGUGACAAUUUGCAGGAUGCUUUAACCUGCAUUGAACCAUCAUUUAGUUGCAAUCAACAUGAUAAAAACGUUGUGAAUCUGAAUGGAUCUGUGAUUAGAUGCGAAGCUGGAAAACAAUGCAAUUCCGAAUAUUUAUUGCCUUGCGAUCCUUGCAUCGAUAUACCUCCGAAAUGUGAAAAUGCGUUCUUUUGUAACGAAAAUGAUUUAAGCAAAUUUUAUACCGACUCUGGCGAAUUUAAGUGUGAAAACGGUUAUAUUUGUAAUGCGAAAUACGAACAUCACUGCGAACCUUGUGUGAAAAAAACAUGUAAGCCUAAAUAUCCGUGGACGUGCAUCAAAGAAAACUUAUUUAUUAUGAACGAUUCUUUUCAUAAGUGUCCCGAGGGAACGUUCUGCAAUAAAUUGGAUAAAUAUCCGUGUACACCAUGUAUCAGUUCUUAUAGAGAACGUCAUUAUGCCAGAAGGUUGUCAUUUUAUAAAUAAAAUACUUAUCUUGAAAGAUGUAUCG